AUGAUUAAGAAACCAAGAAUUGAUUCUCUCACCAAUGGAGAAAGAGUAGAAAGUGAAGUUUCCAGAGGAUUUGGAAAGUAUGCCAAUAUUGGACCAAUUACACCAAACAUCUGUGUUACUUUCACUGGUUCAGUUACAAGAAACCCGUUGACUAUUUACAUGCUGCAACAAGAAUUCAGCAAGAAUAGAGAUUAUGCUUCUCCUGAUUAUUACACAACUGCUAUCACACUUCCAGUUGGUCAUAAUGUUGAAGCCAAAUUCUGUACCAAUGAAACCUACUUUAACGAAGUUGGUCAGCUCAAACAAGAAUUGGAUUUUGCCUUCUUGUCAGAAAUUCCAGAAACUGUAAGUGAAUUUGUAUUGACUUCUUCCAUUAGCACUGGAGGUAAUACUGCAGGUACUGUUGUUGGUGUACUUUUUGCUCUUGGUAUUGUGUAUGUUAUUUGUGGUGGUUUGAUCACUGCUGGUAUUAUCUAUUGGAAAAAGAAGAGAGUCAAUUAUGACACCAUCACUGAAUAA